GAAGGGUAAACCAAAGCAUCAGGUGGGACAAAAUGUGGACCUCUUUAAUUUCAUAACUUUAAGUCAUUACUAUACGUUUCGUCAAUAAAUUCUUUAACACGUUUGAUUAAAGGAUGAUAAUAUUGAUCAAGGCAUUUGAAACGACAACUGGGUGUAUUAAUAGUCUUCUACCUUUCACAUUUUUUACCUUCCCCUUUUAAAGUAAGUUGAUGUUAUAUAUCCAUUUGGAUGACUGGCUAAUACUUUCUAAAAAUCCGAAAAUGCUCAACUUCCAUCGGUUACUCUCCAUCCUUUCCUUCAUCUUCAUAUUCUCCUUGAUUUCACAAGCAGAUCACCAUGAUUCUGCCACUAUUAACACCACAAAGCUAGUUGUUCAAGUCUGCAAUCAGACAUCCAACUACACCUUCUGCGUUGAAGCUCUCUACACCGACCCACGAACCCCAGAUGCCGAUAGGUACAGUCUCGCUUACGUCUCGUUUGGCUUAGCCUAUGUCAACGCCACCACCACUCAAGACCGCAUAACUAAGCUGCUCAAGAACGCCACCACCGUCCACGACCGUGACAGUCUCCAAACCUGUCAGUCUGAUUAUAAGAAGGCAAUUAACGCUCUGCAAUCCGCCUUCAACGACUUGGACUCGGAGACUUUUUUCACCCUGCCUGGUUUAGCAAAUGAUACAGCAAAGGCUGCUGCUCACUGUCAAACUCAUUAUCCGCCUUUGACUUCCAAAACCAAGGAGCUUAACCAUCUUUCUGAAAUAUGUAUUGCCAUCUCCAAAUCAUUUGUAACUACUUAACUUCAUCUUCAAUCUUUAUGUUACACAUGGCAAUGAAAUAAAUUAAUUGUCCUGACGCUUAA